AUGAUUGUAAUAUGUUAUUUAGGGUUUAAAUAUUGGAACUGUAAAUAAAAUAUUCUUGGAAUUCCCACAUAGAUGGUGGUCAGAAGAAUGUGCAGGUUUUAGUUUAAUAUGGUCCAAGGAAGAUAAAGAAGAAUUUAUUAAAUCUUAUGGACAAGAAUAUGAAUGGCUGUGUGAUGUGUUUGCAUUUAUUUCUGUGGAUUACCAACCAAGAGUAUUAUGUACAUGGAUCUUUGGUAAAUUUGCAAGACAUAUAGAGCUACUUACUGAUAAUGACAUAUCUGAUGGAUUAUAUUUAUUACUAGAAAUGUUUUUGAGUAAAACAUAUAAUAUUCCGAAAUUUGAUCAAAUGAUUAGAUCAUCAUGGUAUACUGAUGAAUAUUUUCGUGGAUCGUAUUCUUUUAAAAGUAUAACAACUGAAAAACUAAAUGCAGAAACUAAAGAUCUAGCUGAACCUAUUGUAACAGCUGAUGGAAAACCUAUAAUUCUUUUUGCUGGAGAGGCGACGCACGAACACUAUUAUUCUACUGUGCAUGGCGCAGUUGAAACAGGUUUCAGAGAAGCUGAUAGAAUAAUAGAUUUUCAAAGAAUACGUGGUUGGAGAAACGGAUUCAAUACGUUGGAAAGGCCGUUGAGUGCGUCAAACCAAAAAAUAUCAAGAACGAAACUUGUAAUAAUAGGUGCAGGCAUUGCAGGAUUAGCAGCUGCGAAAGCACUAGAAGAUGCAAAUUUCAAAGAUUAUUUAUUAAUCGAAGCGCAAAGCGAAAUCGGUGGUCGAAUUCAAUCUGUUCCAUGGAAUAAAGGUUGGAUAGAAUGUGGGGCACAGUUUGUACACGGUGAUCAAAGUCAGUUAGCCCAAUUAUGUUAUAAACAUGAUUUACUCUCAGACGUACAAUGUCGAGAUGGUCAAGGAAUUUUCAUUCGCAACAGUGGUUGUAAAGUAGAUGAAGCUUUAGUAGAAGAGAUAGAUGAUCUUAUUUGUAAUACAUUAGAAGAUUGCGAGGAUUAUCAGAACAAAAAUAUUGAAAUAGGUUGUGAAAAUAUCGAUGCGGUUUUAAGAAAUUCUCUCAACAAACAUUUACAUGAGGAGAAUGAUUCGCUAGUAAUAAGAACCAUUAAGAAGGAAAUUUUCGAUUGGAAUAUUAGAUUUCUUGCAAUAGAUAAUGCUUGUUUCAGUCUUGAUGAAUUAUCUACGAAAUACUGGGGAAAAUUUAAGGCUUUACCCAAACUUAUCGCCGAUAGUUUGGGUAAAGAAAAUUUACGUCUAAAUACCUCUGUAGAAUCAAUCAAGUGGGAACAAAACGAUUUCAAUUCUCCGCUUAUUUUAAAUGUUUCUAACAAUACUCGUAUUCUUGCGGAUUGUGUAAUAAUUACGUGUUCCCUUGGUUAUUUAAAAGAAAAUUAUAAAACUAUGUUUAUUCCAUCCUUACCGAAUCUCUUCAGCCAGGCAAUCGAAUGUUUAGGUUUUGGGUUAAUAAAUAAAGUUUUUCUCGAUUUUGGGAUUUCAUGGUGGAAACCUAAUACAAAAGGAUUUCAACUACUUUGGAAAGAAGGAGUAUUUUGCAAUAAAAAUCUGGCUGUGUGGACUAGAGAUCUGACAGGUUUUGAUGUUUUACCUAAUCACGAAGGUGUACUCCUCGGUUGGGUUGGUGGUCGUGGAGCUUAUAUUGUUGAAACUUUGAGUGAAGAACAAAUUGCAAUAGACUGUGAAAAUUUACUUAAACAUUAUUUAAAAUGUUAUAAAAUAUCUCCAAUAAAGAGAUGCUUGAGAACACAGUGGAAUGCGAAUAAGUAUACUCGAGGUAGUUAUAGUCACAUUACAACGAGAUGUGACGCAAAUGGCAUUACGCCACGCAGUCUGUCACAACCGAUAUGGGGUAAAUUAACAGAACAUGAUGAUAAGGACGUGCCUAUUAUCAUGUUUGCUGGUGAAGCAACACACGAAAAUUUUUAUUCCACGACACAUGGUGCUUAUGAUACAGGAAUAAAACAAGCACAAAUUUUUUUACAGUAUCAUGUUGCUGAGAGUUAAUUAUACAUAACUUUGAAUCUCUAGAGAAAUACAAAUGAAAGUAAUUUGAAAUAUGUGAACAUACUUACGCACAUUUCUUGUAGACAUGUAUAUGAAAAUACAUAUGCAUACAUUCGGACUCGAAGUAAAUCGAACUUUCUUAUAUUUUAUAUUAUAUAAUUGCAUAAUUUUGAUUAUAUAAUUGCAUAUAUAUAAUUUAGGUCAUUUUUAAAAUUAUAUGAAAUUAUAUAUUUGUAGUUUUGAUCUAAAUAAAAUUUAUUAUUUUGUCAUUGGACUUUUGUUUGUACUGUUAAGUUUAUCGUAAAGGCUUAUUAAUCUUUCAGCUUCUCUCCAUCCAGAACCAAUCGCUCCAUGUACUGUAGAGAAGUGGUGUUCGUUAGUAGCUUCACCUCCAAAUAAAAUUACCUAG